GGGAAAAUGAUAUCCGAAGUUGCUGAGGGAGGUGUGUAAUCAAACGUACACCUACUAGAAAAUGGCUAAUAAAGCUGAUAAGGAAAAGCAAAAGCAAAUUCAGGAAAAAUGUCAGACAAUACUGUGUCAACUUUUACGAGAAGAAGAUAAUAAGUACUGCGUUGAUUGUGACGCAAAAGGACCUCGAUGGGCAUCUUGGAAUCUAGGAAUUUUCCUUUGUAUUCGAUGUGCUGGAAUCCACAGAAAUCUUGGGGUUCAUAUCUCAAGGGUCAAAUCUGUAAACCUAGACACUUGGACUCCUGAGCAAGUUGGUUUAUUACAAGGAAUGGGCAACAGCAAAGCUAGAGCUAUUUACGAAGCCAACCUUCCAGACAACUUCAACAGACCUCAGUCUGACUCUUUGCUGGAAACGUUCGUACGUGAUAAAUAUGAACAUAAGCGAUUUAUUGCUAAAGAAUGGUAUGAUGUAGAAGAAGAAAAGUUUGAUAGAAAGCAACACAAAAACAAAGCUGUAGGAAAGGUUGAAAGCCCGGUAAGCUUAGUGCUGUAUGUGUUCUAAUUAGUGUUAGGAUUGCUUCAAUAGAAAUGGAAAAUAUCCCAUUUAUUUUAGUGCUUGCAUUCUGAUCAUAUGACUACUGCUGUAGGAAGAGUAGAAAUCCUGAUAAGCCUUAUGUUCUGAUCAAAAUUAGGACUACUACAAUAGUAAAGAUUGAAUACCUGGUAUGCUUUGUGUUUUAUUAUGUUCUGCUCAAAAUUAGGAC